AUGUCUGAUCGCUGGGAAACCGAUUCCGAUAUGUAUGUCUACCCGGCUCAAUCGCCAUCACUCGUCGACAUUGACCUCGACGUCUCUCUGGAGACCGUAGACUACAAUCCAACCCCUCCUCCUUCUGAUGACAUGGACUGCGACUGUCAAGACUACACACAAAACGCCGAGCAAAACGACACCGAGCACGAUCACGACGCCGACUCAAGCGACUCCUCUGUUAUCGAAAUCAGCGAUGACAAUGAAGUGAUCAUCAUCUCUUCCAGCGACGACGACAUGGAGAUCAUCGUCCUCAACGAUCCAGACAUCAUGCUGAUUGAGCGACCGCUUAACUGGCCAGAAGCCCGGGACGAGCUCAUCAGAGAGGCCUUGAUGAAUGGCGAGAUUCGACACGACUACGAUUUCUGA